UCAACAGGCGCGCAUUUGUAUAUUCUGUUGCAAUUUCAUGUGCCUAACUUUGCCUUCUCAUCCGUGACGUGUUUCUCACCAGCUAUCUAAAGAUGCAAAAAAGAAUGCUAAAUAUAUAUAAAACUAGAGGGAUAAAUGAGGCUGUAAUACAUCAAACAUACUUUGCGUGAAAAUGCUGUGCUGGAUAUAGUCAGCCGGCAUAUCUACGGCGCAACUUAACUAGCGCAGAAGGCGGCACUCUUUAACUCUCUUUUUCUCUCUUGCAUGUGUCAGAGUCGAACAAAAAGGAAGAAAGACGUAAUGCUAGUUAUUGUCAAUUAGAUGCUGUAACUAGAUGAGCAGCAGAAGCAGCAACAACAAAUAACAUUCAAACGGCGAUGCGUAACAGAUAAGAGACGACGAUGAUAAUGACGAAACCGGAAAAAAAACAUCUCGGGCUCUGAAUUUGACGAAACCGCAGAGCCGUGAAGCACGAUAUGAAAAAGUUUGAAAUUAACUGGGCGCGUUUGCCACGUCUGACAAUUCUUGCAUCAACGUUGAUCUACGCCGGUUUUUUGCUCGUAUACUACCAACGUUAUUUGCCCCUGAAAAAUGACAACACGACGUCGAUUAUUACGACUGUGAAAAUUGUUGGCGACGAUAGCGAUCCGAUAAUCGCUGGCCAUGUUAUGGAAAAAUUACUUCGAGAAUUGGAUGAUAGAAAUCUUGAUGAGGAAAACAAUGGAGCUAGCCGUGUUGAAGUCAACGUCAUUGGAGGUGGGCAUAAAAGCCUUGAAGAUUCAAAAAAACUGUUAGAAGGGAUUUUUUAUAAAGCUGAUGUCGAUAAGAACAGUUUGCUGGAUAUCAGAGAGUUGGCCAAGUGGAUUCAUGCCAAAAUUGUUGAUCAUAUUGACAAAGCUAUGAAGGAUAAUAUAGGAUUGUUUACUGCUAUAGAUAAUAAUCCGAGGAACGGUGAAAUCUCAUGGGACGAGUAUCAUGCACAUUUUCUCCGUUCGCAUGGUUUGUCAGACAGCUACAUAACAUCGCACGACAAGAGGCAUUCAGCUCUAUCGCGACCCCUCAAGGAAGCUAUAAUGCGCGACAGAGCUCGCUGGACCGAAGCAGCACACACGGAUCCCGAUAAACUUGCCCUUGACGAAUUUCUUGCUUUCACUCAUCCGGAAAGCAGUCAUCGUGCUCUUUUACAGAUUGUCGAGGAUCUUUUUGAGAAGUUUGAUCGUGACGGUGAUGAACAGUUAACGGAGGACGAAUUUGCUGACUUGCCAUCUGAAGGUGCUAACGUCGAUCAAAGUUUCUCUAUGCCAGUGAUUAAGGAACGACGCGAGGAAUUUCGACAUCUGAUUGACAAGAACAAAAAUGGAAAAGCUGAUCGAUCCGAAUUGCUGACUUACAUAGAUCCACGGAAUCCAAGGCACGCGAUACAAGAGGCCCGCCAUCUGAUCGAAUUAUCGGAUGUUGAUCGAGACGGAAAACUCAAACUCCCAGAGAUACUCAGCAAAACGGACUUGUUCCUUGGUAGUAAAAUGGUGGAUACUGAAGGCAGUUUUCACGAUGAGUUCCGAUAGAGUAUUUGAUAUAUUAGAUAGUGACUGUGGUACUUAAUCGUCACGGAAACUUUUGCGAAAACGCUUAUAGUUCCUCGGUCUUUUUUUAGAAUAAUCAAAGCUACCGUGUGAUCUUCCUAACCAUUCUAACAAUAAGAUGUUAUUCGAUUAAGAAUAUUUUCUAAGCUGAUUCUUUUUUAAUGGGAGUAGUUAGUAAUAAUAGAAUCAAAUUGUUUCAGCGAAAAAAAAAUUAUUUUACAUAAUUAUAAUAACUGCUAAUCAAGUAUCUGACUAAAGACUGCUAUUCGAUAUACUGAUAGAAUAGGAUCGACUAAAAAAGUUUUUGACAGAAAGUACUUACCCGUAACUAAUCAAUGUAGUCGGAUAAAUGUCAAUAUAAUAAUCAAAGUCAUUACCUCAGCUGAAAUUACUGCAUAUCAUAUUAAACACGAUGAAAAAUGUGUGAAUAAACAAUCGUUAGAAAAAUAAAUCGAAUAAAUCGUUAGAUAAAAGCAAUUCGCCAAAAUGUCUUCAUCUUUAUUUACGUAAAUGACAGAACUAUAGUUAUUUUAAAAAAUUAUCAUUUAUUUUUAAGCAUAAUUUUUACAGUAAAAUCAAAAUUUUCACAGUCUAUUGAGCCAUAAAAAUUGAGAAACAUCAUGAAUAACGUCAGUUCGAGCAUUUUUCAUACAAAAAAUCAUUUCGCACGAAUUAAAAGAUCUAUAAAAUUUGAUUUAGAUUAACAAAUUCUGUUGUUUCCGUUCUGCUGUAGAUUAUUUUAAUUAAAAAGCCUACGUUAUUUCACUUAUAAUUGACAUGACAUGACUCCAACGAAAAUAAUUUGACAUUCCACGUACAUUUUAUUUUUUAUUCAACAAUAUUUCAUAUAACAUACAUUCCACAUCAUUUUCAUAAUAUUUUUUCAUAUAACAUACAUCUCACAUCAUUUUUAUAAUAUUUUUUCAUAUAACAUACAUUCCAUAUCAUUUUCAUAGACAUUUUUGUCUAGUCACUAAAAAAACUUAGCAAAUCUUAAUUAACUAUUAGAUAAUAGUUAAGAAAAAUGCAAGUGUAAUUCUUUGAUUUUUUCUUCAUAGGCUAAGACAGUUAUUUUUUUAUCGCUCGUAUAUCACAAAUUCUCUCCUCAUGCAGAGCUUUAAAAAAUAUAUACCUCUUGCAAAAUAUUAGACAAAAGACAGUUGUUUAUUCUUCUUAAUUAAAUAUUAACUUACAAUCUUAACGUUUUAUACAUUCAUCUCCAUAUUAUGAAAACAUUUAUAUACGAUUAAACGAAUUUCGUAAUGAUAAGCUUAUUUUAAAAAAUCAUCAAAUUAGUAUUUUUUUAAUUCAUUGCAUUAAAAUUUUCAUUGA